GUGGAACUGGCUAAACAGGUUAAAAUCGCGAUAAAGGAAGGCAAUACAUCAUCUUUUCCCAAACUCUGAGACAUACUAGUGUUGCUUCUUUACACUGUGGAAAAUAACAGAUUAGUUAUUGAGAACGUAGAUGGUGAAAAUGCGAAUUCCUCUGUUGCUGACUGGCUUUAUACUGGUCUCCAUCUGUGGACCUCUGGCAAAUGGGAUACAUCUGUACCCUGAAGAUAGGAAAGAAGCACUUUCAGUGUUCAGGUCCUGGACAGCAGAAUACAAGCGGGAUUACAGAACACAGGAAGAAGUCGAUGCCCGUUUUGAAGUCUUUCUCUCCAACCUGAUCCAUAUCAACACACUCAAUAAACUGCACAGGGGGCAGACGAUGUUUGCUGUUAACAAAUUUGCUGACCUGUCGCCAAAGGAGUUCAGGAAAACUGUGCUGAUGCCGUCACGAGACCCACCGACUCAUCCACCUGACAGGUUCAUGAGAGUACCACCCCUAACAGACCCAAUACCCGAGUCAUUCGACUGGACCAAUCAGAACGUGGUAACUUCAGUCAAAGACCAGGGUUCAGCAGGUUCCUGUUGGGCUUUCAGCACUAUUGGCAACCUGGAGGGACAAUGGGCGAUGCAAGGAAAGCCACUCACAAACCUGUCAGUCGAGCAAGUGGUAGACUGCGACUCCAACAAGGACCCCGCACGAGGACGAGCGGACUGUGGAGUAUUCGGAGGAUGGCCAUACCUGGCGUAUCAGUACAUCAAAAAUGCAGGUGGGAUUCAGACAUGGACAGAUUACCCAUACUGUUGUGGCAUUGGAGGAGGACCUGGGAGCUGCUUUCCAUGCCCAGCGCCUGGCUACAACCGGACUCUGUGCGGACCUCCAGCGGAAUAUUGUCUGAAGAACGAGAGCUGCAAUGCCAGAAUUAACCCCUCUAGGUUCGUGCCCGGCCUCAGGGUGUCUGACUGGCAGGCUGUAUCACAGAACGAGACGGAGAUCGCUGUGGCUCUCAUGGCGACUGGACCCUUGUCGGUAGCGCUGGACGCUUCCCUCUUGCAGUUCUACCACAGCGGUGUCUUCGGACCUGUGCUUGGCUGCAGCAAAACCGACCUUAACCAUGCCGUUUUGAUGGUUGGAUUUGGAGUAGAAAAAGGAAUUGUCGAACAGAAACCUUAUUGGAAGAUCAAAAACUCGUGGGGCAGUCGGUGGGGGCUCAAUGGCUACUUCUACAUCAAGCGGGGCUCCGGAGAGUGUGGUAUCAAUACCGAAGUCACCACUGCUCUUCUUGAAAAAGCUUAAUUUCCUUAAAGCACCAGUGUACAGUCUUCGCUGCUAAGUUCUGAAAACACAUGUUAACAUAAAUUAGAAAAAGAAAAAGUUCUUUUAAUAAAAUUCCUUCAGAAAUCUUGUGCGUGUGUCAGUGGAU